CUAAGGGGAUAUUUACCGGCUACUCCCACUCUGAUCCUAACUUUGCUCUACGAAAUGUUUUGCCCGGCUCGGGCCCAAUCAGGAGCCCAGAGCCUUUGGCCCCGCCCCCACGUGACUCUUUCAAAACCAGCCCCUUUGUUUGAGCUGUUGUGUGUGUCGAGUCCUGGCAAGAAGCGCCCAGAGCCGGUGCCGGCUUCAGGGGGCUCCCCCACAAUGCUCCCCUCAGCCUGCUCCCGGUGCAUGCGAUUUCCUUGCAGCCGGUGGGUGUAAUUUAUUCGCCCACCCGUGCUGACCCUGUCCAUGCAAUUUACCCCCCUCCCGGCAUGCAACUUACCCUGAUCCUGCUCGCGGUGCACACUUCCCUCUGCAGCUGCUGCGCCGGGUGAGUCCUGGCUGCCCGCCGGGUCACUCUUGCCCCUGCUGCAUGCACUGCCCCCAGUUCUCUCGGUCUCCUCCCGCCGGUGUAUGCGCCUCUUCCCUCCCCCAGCCGAGCACUGCCGCCUGACUCGGAGUGCUCAUGGCCCGCAGAGCUGUACUGCCCUCCCUCUGGUCCGGGAGCGACCGGGUGCGGAUCGGGGAGCGGCUGCAGGCCAGCCUGGCUGGGAUCUUGGAGCUGGAGCUGCUGAGAGACACGCAAAAGGGAACAGUGGAGAGCGCCUUGGGCAUCUGGGAGACGGCGGGGGCUGGCCCAGGGAGGCAGCGACAGGGAUGGGGCAGCCUGGGGGCUAAGGAGCCGCUGCCCCCAGUCAAGCUUGACCGGAGCAAAUCUGAGGACCUGCUGGGCAUCCCUGAGAAGCCAUGUGUCGCCUACUGCUCCUCCGAGAGCAUCGACGUGGGGCUCCAGGCCGGGACCAAGGAGAGCAGAACACCAGGCAUGAGCCUGGGAUUGAGAGCCAUUGGCUUCAGCGAGCAGCUCCUGCUGCCCAAGAGGCCCAGGGCCCAGGUAGAGCCCAGCUUCACUGCGCCAGAGACCUCAGAGGCCGACUCCAGGCCCAGCUCAGGAUUCUACGAGACCAGCGAGAUGGGCUCCUUGUCUGACUCCUCCAUGUCCAUGCACAGCGAGUGCCCAGGGGGCUCGUACUGCAGCGUCGGGUCCCUCUCCCACCUCCCAGGCCUACGGGACAGUGGCUGUGUCCGACCGCACUCUACCGAUGAGGCCACCGUCCGUCUUCUUGACCUCCGGCUGCAGCGGGUAACAGCACCCAAUGCUCCCAGUGGCCCCCAUGCUGCUGCCAGGAGACCCGUCUCAACAGGUAUUUGGGAAAUGGGCAGCUCCGGGUGCAGAGUCCUGCUGCCAGCCAGUGGGCUUCUGGGAGCAGCAAGAUGGGGACAUAACCCUGAAUCUGGCUGGGGGACGCUGAUUCAUUCUAACUUCCCCAUUGGCACAGGGGCUCUGGACAACCUGUUAGGUACUAUUGAAGCCCCCAUGGGUGAGGGGCUGGCCUGUCUAGCGGCGGAUAGAGGGCAGGGCGAGUGAGGUGGCUGCCCCAGGCCCCGCCCUUCAAUAGGCCCCGCGCAUGCGCUACUACCUGUCGGCCGUGGCCGUGGUGUAUGCGCAAAAUUGUGCUGCCCCCGGCCCCACGCUUCAAUAGGUCCCAAGCCCUGGGCCCCGCAAAACUCUCAUCCG